GAUGUUCAGAGAUUGGAGGUGAUGAAAGAGAAGGUUCCUUGGAGCCCGAGUCAGGAUCAGCAGAACCCAGAACCGCUCCACAUAAAGGAGGAAGAGGAGGAGCUCUGGAUCAGUCAGGGGGAAGGUUAUCUUUACGGGCUGGAUGGGAACGAGCACGGCCGACUCCCGCUAACUGUUGUAGUGAAGACCGAGGAUGAGGAAGAGGAACCUCAGACCUCACAGCUUCAUCAGAGCCGAGCUGACGCAGGAGAAGCUGAGCGUCCGACCAGCAGCUCCUUCAAAUGGAUCAAAACAGAAACUGAUGGAGAAGAGUGGGGGCGACUGGAACUGGUGAGGAAACCAAGCGCUUCAAGACCAAAGAGCGGCGCCGAGGCUUUGAACUCUGAGCCGGAAUUCAGCGACGAUGAUGAAGAUUGGCGGGAACCUUUGUCAGAGAAUGACUCUGGCUGUAAGGGAAGAGCAGCAGAGUCGGGGCUAGGCGGCGAUAACGGCGCUGUCAAAAAACCCUUCAGCUGCUCAGAGUGUGGUAAACAGUUUCUAUACAGGCAGUCUCUGAAGAGACACAUGAGACGCAACAUAGAAAAAAGCUCCUCCAACUGUUCAGCCAAUCAGAAAUGUUCUGACGUUAAACAAAACGCCAAUUCAAAGACCAAAGUCCACACAGGCAAGAAAAACUUCAGCUGUGAUAUGUGCGGCAAAACAUUCAGAGAUCAUUUCAGUCUGAAAUCUCACAUGAGAGUCCACUCGGAGGAAAAGCCCUUUGGCUGUGAAAUUUGCACCAAGAGCUUUAAGCAUGAGCACAAUCUGAAGAUUCACAUGAGAAUCCACACCGGAGAGAUGCCGUUUAGCUGCGAGGUUUGCGGUAAAAGAUUCAAGCAUCAGCACAAUCUGAAGACGCACAUGAGAAUCCACACGGGGGAGAAACCUUUCGUGUGCGACAUCUGCGGUAAAAGAGCGAGACACCAGAAUAACCUGAAGACCCACAUGAUCGUCCACAGAGGGGAGCGACCCUUCGGCUGCGAGCUUUGCGGUAAAAAAUUCAACCGUAAAACCAGCCUCAGGGCGCACAUGACUGUCCACACCGGAGAAAAACCGUUUGCUUGUGAGAUCUGUGGUAAAAGCUACAAACGCAAAACACACCUUCGGACUCACAUGACCGUCCACAACGAAGAGAAGCCUUUUGGCUGCGAGGUCUGCGGUAAAAGGUUCAACCGUAAAACGCACCUCGGGACGCACAUGGCGGUCCACACCGGCGAGAAGCCUUACAGCUGUGACUUCUGCGGUAAAAGAUUCACCCGCAAAACGCAUCUAGAUUCCCACAUUACGGUUCACACGGGAGAAAAACCGUUCGGCUGCGCCGUCUGUGGGCAGGAGUUCUCCCAGCAGGGGAGCUUAAACCGACACAUGACGUUACACUUAGGAUAGAAACGCAACUAGAAGCUGGAGGUCAAACCUGAAGCUAACUUCACCUCCGUUACUGAGGUGGCCUGACUUUGUUGUACAACUUUGUUUGGAUUUUGACUUUAUUAACUACAAGUAUGAAUGUUAUAACUCUUAACUGCCAGAGAGUGCAGCAACUAUGAGAAUCUUAUUUUGGUACUUUCUCCCUUGGUUGAUGUUUAGAAACACUAAGUCAAAUUUUCUUAAUGUUGAUACCGGUCCUGAUUUCAGUCACAUUUCUAAGUUUUAGGACCUGAUUGUUUUAUUUUCUAUUUUUCUUAUGCUGUUACUAAUCAUUGGAGGCAUGAUAUGCAAAAUGAGCUUUAAAGGGUCUGCUAUCCGUAUGCAGCCAGCACCUUAAGGUAUUUAGUUCAGUCAAGCAGCACUACUCUAACAGGUCAAAUCUGAAAUUCAAACCAAAAUAAUCGGUUAAAGAUCAGAGAUUAGCAUUUUAAGACGGCGGCUGUCAAAGUGGAGUCAGCUGGAAACGUCGUCUUUCCUUUCUGGGUGAAUUAAGUUCCUGAUUUAUAAGCUUUUGCACUAGUUUAGUUCAGGAUUAUCCAGCUGAGAAAAUGACUGAGCCUAACAGGCACUUGUAUGUAUUCAUAUCCAUCAGUUAUUAUUUUCACAUACCUUUAAUUAUCAGCAGAUUAUGACCAAGUGUGUUUAUAAAAAAAAGUCAGAUAAUGGAAAUCUAUA